GAGAGAGAGAGAGAGAGAGAGAGAAAGAGAGGAGUAGCGUCAGCAAUACUAUCAGCAAAAAAACUAUACAUUCGUAUUCGUACCGGUUCCAGUAUUGACUCGAUUCUAAUAGAAGAUCUACAAUGGAAGGGGAAGUGGAUGAUGAAGAUGGAACCUUUACCAACAUUUCUCUGGCCGAUGACACAGUUGACAGGGGUGCAGCAGCACAGUAUUCCAGAAACGACAACGAAUUCAUCAUGAACUGUGACUUGGAUGGGGACGUGGAGAACCAGGUGGAACUGGAAGAAAAGACGAGGCUCAUAAAUCAGGUGCUGGAGCUGCAGCAUACAUUGGAAGACCUCUCAGCCAGAGUAGAUGCCGUGAAGGAAGAGAACCUGAAGCUGAAGUCGGAGAACCAGGUUCUAGGCCAGUACAUUGAGAACCUCAUGUCUGCCUCCAGCGUGUUCCAAACCACUGACACCAAAGGGAAGAGGAAAUAGUGGUGAACGAAUUGUUAAAGUGUGUGUGUGUUUGUGUGUGUGGGGUGGGGGGUGAUGGAACCUCCAACUUCUCCUAUUCCAGUCCCAUUCUCGAUUCCCUCAGCAGACUCCUUGGCCUUGAUGUGAGACCCAGUUUACACAGUCACUCUACCGACAUGCUUAUGUCACUUGUUAUGUUAUUUUUUGUAUGAUUACUGUUAUUUAUUAUGUUGUCGAUUUUUUAAAAUAUUCUUUUUGUAUAUAUGUAUUACAUGUGGGUAGAGGUUUUUUUUUCUGAUGCAAAAACAACAGUAUUAUUGUGAAAGUUAGUAUGAGCCUGUACAGGUGUAUGUCCUAUGUGCUGUGGAGUUAACCAGAGUUGGAGUCAAUCAAAGAACCACGUGUGUGUUACAUAAUUCAUACUUGAGGAAUUUUAAUUUCAACAGUCAGAUCAUGAUCAUAAACGCUAAGGAGAUGAGCACAGGAUAUAUGUAUGUAUGUGGAUGAAUUGUGUGUUACAGUUUGCUGCACAAAAAUGGCAAAGAAUUGAGACUAUUGAUCUGAUUUUCCAGACUGGAGUUCUCAAAUAUUUUAAAAUGUAGAAGUCUCUAUCCCACAACCUGGAGGAAAUCCCUACCCCCAUCUAGUCGGCAUGUAGGUUGCAACAACAACAAAAUUGCAUGAAUUUAAGAUAGCAAAAGGGAUCUUGCUUUUAGAGAAUGGUGUACAGAAUUAUACUUGCCAUGGUCCCCCAUGGUCAAAAUUAUACAGUGCACCUGAACCAGGUAUCUUCAACUAGCCUUAUAUUAGAGUGCGUGAAAAGAAUAAAGGGACAUUCAUUUCCCAGGCCUGUGGAGGAAAAGAGAGAUGGGGAACGCAGCUAGCCAAGUGGUUUCACUCUUCACAUGUGACUCCUAACGGUUUGAACGGGGCCACUUAUUGCAUGUCUUACUCUUCUGGAUUUGAAGAGUAGACACACAGGGUUUGAAAACUGACUCUACAGUAUGUUUUACCUUUAGUUUUCAUGUGAUAACAUUUGUAAAGGUUAAAUGGAUUAUUCCCAACACAUGAGUAUAGAGGUGACGUGAUGUAGGUGGCUCUAAAACACUAAUCUCCUGGCUUGUAAUGUUUCCUCUGUCACAUUCAUUGUAUGAAAGAAACUGCCUUGUGCAUAGAUGUGUACAUUAAAAAAAAAUUAUAUUGCCUAAAACACUUUUGUUUUAAUAAAAUUUUAUUCUUUGGCCUUUCA